AUACAGCGUGCAUACUACAGGCAUACGCAUACUCACAUCGCACAGCAGCAAGGAUAAUGCUAUGAGUAUGGCCAGCGACAACAACACCUCCAGGACAAACCUUUUCUCUUUGCCUAACGAAGUCCUCGUGCAAAUUCUCUCCAGCUUCUCAACCCGCUCUCUUCUCCCUUGGACAUCAGUCUGCCACCAUUUCCAUGCCUUGAUCCUACGCAUCCUGCACUACCGACUCCGCAUCGCCGCCUCCCUGCCGGAAUACAAGCUCAUCCUCGAAUGCUUCCACCCCAGCUCGAAACUCAUCGAGCCCCAUGUCUUCUGCACCUACAUCGGCACGGACGACCUGAGCAGCCAAUUCGAUGGGAAGGGAUCGUUGUAUGAGAACGUAGACACCGCCUCGCGCCUCGGCCGACUCGGUUCGGUGUAUUCGCGGUUUCGCCCGGAGCGAACACUGGAGGAUGGGACAUCGCCAACGACGCGAUGGGGGUCUUAUGGCACAGACGAGGAAGUAGAUCACGACCCGGACAACAGGACGGUGACGCGUCUCAUCAACCUGGAAGAAGUUGAGAACUUCUCCCAGUUGUGCGUGGUGGUCAAUGUGGUGAAAGUGAUGCCGGGAAGCGAUCUGUUGCUGAGCGCCCACACAGUCGAGGAUGGGGUGAUUCGAGUGUUCCGGAAUUGGCUCAAGGAACGGGAAGGAUGGGAUCGGGACCGGGACCGGAACCAGGCCCAUGCCCAUGGCAAUAAUCCAUCCGACAGGGCUUCUGUGGAAGGUUGUGAUGACGCGAGUAUGCUCUGGGUUGAUCCAAGUCGCAACGUUGGAAUCAAGGCGCGAGUUCGGGGAAGGCGGUAUGUCGACCAGCAGAUGCCGUUGCUGGUUCACCGCGACGAGGAGCAGGGGAUUACAUAUGAGCUGGACAUUGAGGAACUACAUAUUCGGACCACCUGUCUUCUGAUGACCGUGGAGAAGUCGCAGGAGGAGCAGAAGAACUAUCCAAAAGCCGUGAUCUUCACGCGGACAGUAUGAUUUAUGACCAUCGAGCUUUGAUUGGUAUAGUUGUUGAGACUCGUGAGGUUUAGCGCAGAGAAUCAGUGCAUC